UCUGCUAUCGGCUGUGCAAGUAUUGUUCGUGAAGCCCCACGAGUUUCAGUUUGUGCGGAAGCUUUUUCACGUUAUUAGCAAAAUUUACCGGUUUUUAAAUAUUUUUACGUCGGUCUAAAUACCGUUUAGGAAAUUGUAUGCAAUGAAAUAGGAAAUUAAAUGCCCAUAGAAAAUGGCCAGGGGACUAAUGAGACUGUACUUAAACAAGAGACGCGUGUUUGAGGUUCGAUUAAAAAAUGCAACUCUAUUAGAAAAAUCGGUCGCUAGGGAAUUUUCGCGAGGCCAACACUGUUGGAAAGAAUCCAAAGAAAAGAAAGACACCAAAGGUAUUCCCUACAGCCAAUUGACCAUAGGCGUCCCUAAGGAAGUUUGGAAAAAUGAAAAGAGAGUUGCCAUCACGCCCGCGGUUACGGAAACUCUAACCAAAAAAGGUUUUACGGUUAAGGUCGAAGAAAAUGCCGGCGCAGACGCCAAGUUUAAGAACGGAGACUACGAAAAAUCCGGAGUCAAAAUUGUGGAUACGAAAACCGCGUUCAACUCAGAUAUUAUUUUAAAAGUUAGGCAACCACUAGACAAUGAUGUAUCCAAUUUUAGGGAAAAUUCGACGCUGUUGUCUUUCCUAUACCCUGGUCAAAACAAGGAAUUGGUCGAAAAAUUGGCCGAUAGGAAAAUGACCGCGUUCGCUAUGGAUUGCAUCCCUCGACUGACGAGGGCGCAAGUUUUUGACGCACUGAGUUCUAUGGCGAACAUAUCGGGGUACAGAGCAGUAGUUGAGGCAGCCAAUCAUUUUCCAAGGUUCAUGUCAGGUCAGAUAACAGCCGCCGGAAAGGUCCCGCCUUCCAAAGUGCUCGUCAUUGGUGGGGGCGUGGCCGGCUUGGCCGCUAUUGGCCAGGCAAAAAGCAUGGGCGCGGUUGUGCGGGCGUUCGAUACGAGAUCGGUAGUUAAAGAGCAAGUCGAGUCUAUGGGUGCGGAGUUUUUGACCGUAAACAUAGAAGAGGAGGGUGGGGCUGCCGGAGGGUACAGCAAAGAAAUGUCCAAGGAAUUUAUCGAAGCCGAACACGCCCUGUUUGCCAAACAGUGCAAGGAGGUCGACAUAAUUAUCUCAACUGCUUUAAUACCGGGAAAAAAGGCGCCGCUACUUAUUUUGAAGGAACAUAUUUUGUCCAUGAAACCCGGAAGCGUGGUGGUGGACUUGGCAGCGGAAGCGGGGGGAAAUAUAGAGACCACAAAACCAGGAGAGACUUAUGUGUUCAACGAUGUCACGCAUGUAGGGCUGACGGACUUUCCUAGUCUACUGCCCACUCAGAGUUCCACUUUGUAUGCCAACAAUAUUUCGAAGUUUUUGCUGUCAAUAGGCGACGACAAUCAUUUCCAUAUUGAUAUGUCGGACGACGUUGUACGUGGUAGCAUAAUACUGGAUAAGGGAAAAUUAGUAUGGCCUCCUCCUGAACCGGUCGGCCCUCCCCCUUCGACUGCGCCACCUCCCAAACUGGAAUCCAAAGUGGUGAAAGAAGUCCAUAAAGAACUUACUCCGUUGAAGAAAACAUUGGACAACGCUCUAAUCACAACCGCCGGAAUCGGAAGUAUAUUGGGGUUGGGGAUAUGUUCUCCCAAUUCGGAUUUCACGUCGAUGUUGACAGUAUUGGGGCUGUCUGGAUUAGUGGGUUAUCACACCGUAUGGGGUGUAACACCGGCGUUGCAUUCACCCCUUAUGUCAGUUACGAACGCCAUAUCCGGCAUUACGGCUGUAGGGGGCCUGUUGCUGAUGAACGGCAGCUAUUUUCCAACCAAUUCUGUGGAGACGCUUUCAGCGGCAGCUGCAUUUGUAUCUUUCAUUAACGUUUUCGGAGGAUUUCUCGUCACAAAAAGGAUGUUGGACAUGUUUAGAAGGCCCGGAGAUCCGCCAGACUACAACCUGUUCUAUGGCAUUCCGGCGGUAGUGUUCCUCGGGGGGUACAGUUACGCAGCGAUGAGCGGUUUGGCCGAAAUCCAUCAGGCAGCUUACCUUGCCGCGUCCCUGUGUUGUGUGGGAGCUUUGGCUGGUUUAAGCUCGCAAACCACCAGCAGAAUGGGAAACAACCUUGGGAUGAUCGGAGUGGCAGGAGGUAUAGCCGCGACGUUGGGUCAAUUAGCGCCCUCCAAUGAAGUGUUGGCUCAAAUGGCGGCCUGCCUGAUAGGGGGCGGUGCGAUAGGUGCCACGAUAGCGAAAAAAAUCGAAAUCACCGAUCUGCCGCAACUGGUUGCUGGUUUUCACAGCUUGGUGGGUUUGGCCGCGGUGCUUACAUGCGUGGCCACUUUCAUUCACGACUUUCCCACAUUCGCCAUAGACCCGGCCGCCAACGUGACUAAAACCGCCCUUUUCUUGGGCACCUACAUCGGUGGGGUAACAUUCAGCGGCUCGUUGGUAGCCUACGGCAAGCUGCAGGGCCUCCUCAAAUCCAACGCGCUCCUAUUACCCGGCCGCCACGCCCUAAACUCUGCCCUGCUUUUGGCUAACGUAGCGGCCGGUGGUUAUUUGUUUUACGAUCCCACCUUGAUCGGCGGAUUAGGAGCGUUGGCCACUACCGCAGCCUUAUCGUCCACGAUGGGGGUCACUUUGACCGUCGCCAUCGGCGGCGCCGACAUGCCGGUGGUUAUCACGGUACUAAACAGUUACUCGGGAUGGGCACUCUGCGCCGAAGGUUUCAUGUUGAACAAUAGUCUCAUGACGAUCGUCGGAGCUCUAAUCGGGUCGUCCGGCGCCAUACUGUCGCACAUUAUGUGCAAAGCGAUGAACCGCUCGUUGCCGAACGUUAUUUUGGGCGGUUACGGUACCACCAGUACCGGAAGCGGUAAACCGAUGGAGAUCACCGGCACGCAUACGGAAAUUAACUUGGAUUCGGCGGUGGAAGCGAUCAACAAUGCCAGGAGUAUCAUAAUCGUGCCGGGAUAUGGCUUGUGCGUGGCCAAAGCUCAGUACCCCAUAGCCGAAAUGGUGGAGGUGUUGAAGAGUAAGGGAAAGCAAGUCAGAUUCGCCAUACAUCCAGUGGCCGGGAGGAUGCCGGGACAGCUCAACGUGUUGCUGGCCGAAGCCGGAGUUCCCUACGACGACGUGUUGGAGAUGGACGAAAUCAACGAGGACUUUGAGAGCACGGAUCUCGUGUUGGUGAUUGGCGCCAAUGAUACGGUCAACAGCGCCGCUCUAGAGGAUCCCAACUCGCCGAUAGCCGGCAUGCCCGUAUUGAACGUCUGGAAGUCUGAUCAUGUGAUAGUGAUGAAGAGAUCUUUAGGUGUCGGUUAUGCAGCCGUAGACAAUCCAGUCUUUUACAAGCCCAACACGUCCAUGUUACUGGGCGACGCGAAAAAAACGUGCGACGCGCUCUUGCAUAAGGUAUUGCAGGAAUAAAUUUCAUAGCACGAUGAUGAUGUUGAUAUGCGAGUAUCAAAAUGCAGCUUCUGUGUUUGAUCUGUCCUUAGUGACGUCACAAUUUAGGUUAAUCCAUAGCCGCCCAUAUAUCAAACAUGAGAAAUUUAUUGUAUCACCCGAUUAUGAACUUAUUUUGUGCCCUUAUUUAGUAAUAAAAUCUAAACUGGUUCAACUGUAUGCUAGUUUAAUUGUGUGCUGUUGUCGCCGGGAGCGAUUCAAAUUUCUCUUUUUGAACACAGAUUAGGAAAUUUUAUCCCUAAGUGUUUAGAGCAUAAGGCAAAUAUCUGAAUUGCCGUUUUGUAUUGUCAUUAGGUUGUCCAUUGUAUUUUAAUUAAAAACUUUAAGGAGAAACAUAGUCUGAAUUUGUAUCGCGAAGUGUGUGUACAGAUACGAGCGGUUCUCAGGAAGAGAUGUUUAGUAUUUUUUCUUUUUUUUUUUUGUAUAAUUCGUAACACCGAACGCGAGCAUUAUUUCGCGGGCAAACGCCCAUUAUAUAUAUAAUUUGUACUUUUUCUUUUUAAGAGCAUAGGA